GUUUAUGCUUCCGGUUCACGCAUGUCCUAUGGUCACGUUUCUUCUGGGAAGUCCUCUGUUUUUUAUGUAAAGAAUCCAGGUUACAGAUCAUGUUUCCCUGGUUAAGUUAAGGUUGGAAGAAAAUCUAGGACACUGGCUGAGUUUCUGAUUUGUGUAGAUCACUAUAAGUCAGACGAUGAAGGGCAGAGGAUGUGUGGACGGACGGCUCAAACACAGAGUGGAGCAGUACCUGUCCUCCAGCAAGAGGGAGUAUGUCGACAUAUGCUCCAUGGCCGAGGACCUCCAGAAGCUCCACAGAAUGGAGUAUGGCAGGAGAAACAAGACAGCGUUCAGGAUUCAAGUGGAGAAAGUGUACCAGGCGAUCAUGCAGGACAGCGGCCUGGACGAGCUGGAGAGCAAACACUUGGCUAAGAGAGCCAAACACGCUGACGGCAGGGGCAGCAGCAGCAGUGACACUGAGGACCCAUCUGACAGCGACGCAGACAUCCUCGAUGCCACCCCCUCCAACCACAUGAACAACUCUCUGGCGUCUCUGUACCGUAAAGGAAACCUGGACUCGGGCGGCAGCCUAGCCUCGGCUGCCCAGCCUCCGUCCAGUCCUGCUGCCCCUCCUGCAGGGACAGAGACCCUGGUGUCUCCUGGGGGCUGGUUCAUUGACAAACGACCUCAGAAGGCUCCGCUUAUCGACCUAUGUGAGGACGACGUGCCUGUCGGAAUAAAGACUGGUAACUCAGUGCCAGAGAGCAAGAAGUCUCAGAAGAAGCCUAAAAAGAGGACGAAGCUGGCGACACAGUCUGAGGAGAGGCAGGAGAAGAAAGCUAAGUCUGUGGAGCUGCAGUUUCCAAAACUCAGAUUUGAGGACGUGGGUGGGAAUGAAGAGACGCUGACGGAGGUGUGUAAACUGCUGGUCCACCUGCGACACCCAGAGGUCUACCAGAGGCUGGGCAUGGUCCCUCCUCGGGGCUUCCUUCUGCAUGGACCUCCUGGCUGUGGGAAGACCCUGCUGGCUCAGGCAGUGGCCGGGGAACUGGAGCUGCCCAUGCUGAAGGUCUCGGCUCCUGAGCUGGUGUCCGGGGUGUCGGGAGAGUCCGAGCAGAAGCUGCGGGAGCUGUUCGACAUGGCGGUGAGUUCUGCUCCAUGCAUCCUGUUCAUAGAUGAAAUCGACGCCAUCACGCCGCGCAGGGAGGUGGCCUCCAAAGACAUGGAGCGGCGGAUUGUGGCUCAGCUGCUGACCUGCAUGGACGACCUCAACAGUUUGACAGUCACUGCCCAGGUGCUGGUCAUCGGCGCCACCAACAGACCUGACUCUCUGGAUCCAGCCCUGCGCAGAGCCGGCCGCUUUGACAGGGAGAUCUGCAUGGGUAUCCCAGACCAGGCAGCGCGCCUGAGGAUCCUGAAGACUCUGUGUCGCAAGUUGAGGCUGCCAGAGGAGUUCGACUACCAGCAUUUGGCCCGCCUCACGCCAGGGUACGUGGGCGCCGACCUGAUGGCCCUGUGUCGGGAGGCAGCCAUGUCGGCUGUCAACCGGAUCCUGUUGGACCUGAGAGGAUCGACCUGGACUGCAGCAGAGGUCCAGAGCACCCCAGAGGCGGAUGGUGACGACUCAGCAAAGAAGAGCAGCGGAGCUGAUGGAGACAUGGCAGCAGUUGAGUCCUCAGGUGCCACUGUCCAGCAGGAGGAGCUGUGGAAGCUGCUGCAGCUGCUGAAGAGCGCCGAGAGCCUCUCUGAGGAGCAGCUGGCCGGUCUCUCCAUCCUCAUGUCCGACUUCGAGGCGUCUCUGUCCAGCGUGCAGCCGUCGGCCAAGAGGGAAGGCUUUGCCACGGUGCCUGACGUGACCUGGAACGACAUUGGCGCCUUGCAGGACGUCCGUGAGGAGCUGACCAUGGCCAUCCUGGCUCCCGUCCGCACCCCUGAGCAGUUCCAAGCUCUCGGACUCAACGCACCUUCAGGGGUGCUGCUGGCUGGACCCCCAGGUUGUGGGAAGACCCUGCUGGCCAAGGCUGUGGCCAACGAGUCGGGCCUCAACUUCAUAUCUGUCAAAGGUCCGGAGCUGCUCAACAUGUAUGUGGGGGAGAGCGAGCGCGCCGUACGCCAGGUCUUCCAGCGCGGACGCAACUCUGCGCCCUGCGUCAUCUUCUUUGAUGAGAUCGACGCCUUGUGUCCACGGCGAUCCGGCCACGAGUCCGGGGCCAGUGUGCGUGUGGUGAACCAGCUGCUGACGGAGAUGGAUGGCUUGGAGACCAGGAGACAGGUCUUCAUUAUGGCAGCCACCAACAGACCAGACAUCAUCGACCCGGCAGUGCUGAGACCCGGUCGUCUGGACAAGACCUUGUACGUGGGUCUUCCUCCUGCAGAGGACCGUCACGCCAUCCUGCUGACCAUCACCAAGGGUGGAACUAAACCUCGUCUACAUCCCGACGUCAGUCUGAAGGACGUGGCAUUUGACGAGCGCUGCGACUGCUUCACGGGAGCGGACCUGACGGCGCUGGUGAGGGAAGCUUCCGUCGCAGCUCUGAGAGCUCAUCUCAAGUCCCAUACCUCCUCGUCCACCGCAGGUCACACCUUCACGCCUGGACCUGUGGUGGACAUCCGGGUCAGCAGACACGACUUCGAAGAAGCUUUUCGGAAGGUUCGACCGUCCGUGUCCAAGAAGGUGAGUCAGGCUUCAAGGUGGAGGUCGAAGGUUGUGGGAAGCGUUUUUCUACCCGUGAGCGCCACAUGCAGGCCUGGCAUACGUGGUACAUGGCUUCAGUGGAUACAGGUUCUUCUGAAACGUAUUUGCAGAGGACCUUUUUGUGAUGGGAAAAUGUGGACAAAAGAUUUGCCCGGGGCACUGAAGUCAGAACGCCGCACAUGAACCCGAGAACGUUCUGGAGAUCUUAUCCACUGAUGAGUUUCAGAACAUGGAUAUCAUGUGUCCGGCACAACCAGUCUGACUGCUCACACACACACUCAAUCGUCUUCCUAUCUUAGUGAGGACCGUCAUUGCCAUAACCCUUUCCCCAGCCUCUCACCCUAAACCUCCCCGUCUGAAACAAAUGGCAGAACUUAACCUUUACUCUUAACCAAACUAAAACCCAGUUAUAACUGAGCUAUUUUGUAGUUUUAACCCUCAAAAUGAGGCUUAACCAAUGAUGACCUGCCAAAAUCUAGACUCUAAAA